AUGCCAUGCCUACAUGAAAUAAUUAUUCAUUUUCAUUUCAUUUCAGAAGCAAGAAAACUCUUCGGCGGCUACAAAAUCACACCAUCGUACUGCAAAGCAAGUAGAGCUGCCAAAUAUAAUAGAGGAAACACAAUAUGCAUGUUCAACCAUGAAUGCGUGCAGCGUGGAGGCGAAGUGGUGGGCGCUUGUAUGGAUGGAUUCCUCUUUGGAGCCUGCUGUCAACUGCCAUCCGACUCACAGUCACAUAUACCGAAAGGCCCAGGAGUUGUCAUGACCAGCUACCUAGACUACCCUGAUCCUGAGACAGAAACUGAAGAUUAUGAUGGUGAACAGCUCAGCGCUUGGCAUAACAGCUUCAAACCAGUCGUCACACCAGGUUACAGACCAACCCAAGCGUCUUCAGCAACAGUUAAAGCUGAACUGGAUUUAAGUACAGAAAGCCAACACAUAAUAAACGAAGGACUCACUCAGAUCACUAAUACUUUAUUAAACACUCCACCAAAAGAUAAUACAUUUAUUUACGCUAAACCAGAAGGUGCAUAUAACCAUGUGGUUGCAGAAACUAUAUUAUUCCAUGAGAAUGGAUCAGAAGUUAAUGAUAUAGCAAGACCUUCAGACUUCAAUAUACAGAUAUCAUCUAUGCAAACUAAACCUACCGUGCCGCCAACAACUACAUCUGCUUCAUCUCCUUCUAUUAUAGUGUCAACACACAGACCUAUAUACAAACCUGUAUUCAAACCUAAACCUACAAAGCUAACAACUGAAAAACCAACAACAGAAAGCUAUAUACCAAUUUCAACGGUAACAAAAGAAAAAAUGCCUGAAUUGACUUCUAUAGAUAGUAUAAUACAAAUGCUAAAUGAAAGCACUCCAAGUAUGAAAGAUGAAGUAACUCCACCUUCAAUGGAUAUAAUGGAGACUAAAUCUUCACCAGGUCCUUCUACUGUUACACCAGUAUCAUAUAGCAGUAGUUUCCCUAACUACUACCCCUCAACCGGACAUUAUGUUACCCUAAAACCUUCGACGUACCAAAGCACGCAAUCAACAAAAUACUCAACCAAUAAAAAACCUUUGAUAACUAAAAAACCUUACGGGAAUACAACACCAAACAGUAUACCUCAAGAUUUAAGACCAGUAAAACCUUACUACUCAUCCCCUAAACCUAGUCAAUCAACUAGUCAAGAAAUCCAAGCUUUUAACAGAUAUCCGACUAAUCCAGAAGAUUUUGAUGACUCAGUUACAACGUUCAGUUAUGUGAGUUCGACUACAACUAUGAAACCAACUUCAACUAAGAGAAAACCACCUUCUACCAGCUAUGUAACUGGAUCCAAACCACUAAGACGACCAGUGACUCCUCCAAGCGAUUUCAUAUCAACUUAUGAUGCUAACAUAGACACAUUUUCAAGCGUAACCCCAACAGUUAUAGUACUAGGUGGACUAAGUACUAAACCUGAAACAGAAGAAACUCAAUUCGUGGAAAUUUCGCAAGAACCAUUCAAGAAACCAGUCAGUCAAAUUACAGUCAACAACCACAUUGAAUCAACAAACAACAUUUUCGUCAACAAACCACCGAAAACAGAAAAACCAAAACCAGUGACAUCAUAUGCAAGACCAUCAUCUCCAACAGUAGUUAUAACACCCAAACCUACUCCCACUACUCCUUUCCCGAACAAAGUAUUCACUCGACCAGUAUCCAACUACCAGUCCAGUACAACUAUCAGUACAAUUUUCGAGUCAUACACAGAGUAUCCUUCGUCGACAGUUAAACCUGAAAUGCAAACUUCUUUUGACGAUCUAAUUAACUUCCCACCAGUAAGAAAUCCUAUGCUAAAUGCUACGGGUUCUAACCCAAGCGUUUACAAUACAAGCGUAGCCAUUGAUAACGAAUUCGACAUACUACAAGAUGUAGACUUCACAACACCUACGUGGCAUGAAGAUGUAAAAUUGAAUGAAAAAAUGAAUUUGUUUGUAAAUAAAAUCGUUGGUAGCUUACAAGGAACCUUCCAAGAGUUGCAUGAUAUAGUUAUUCUUGAUAAAAAACCGAAUGCGACUUUAACUAGAUUGACUACUGCGAAGCCUCCGAAAAAGACUCUACCGACUAGAAAACCAUUGACGACUACGAAAAAACCGAUUAGACUUACUUCGAGAAAACCUCCUCCGAAGACAACAAAGAAACCUGUCAAAUUGUCUACGUCUGCCAGAAAACCGACUACAACUACCCCCAUUCCAACAACUACCCCGACUACGACUACGACUACCAAAAAGCCGAUCACGACUACAAAAAAAACCAAGCCUACAAGGAAAGUGACUACAACUACAAUCACGACUACAAUAACAGAAUUAGCCGAUGAAGUUACAACCGAAGCAACGGAAGGAUACUCCGAACCUAUUGAUUAUAAUGAUAAAAACUUAUGCGGCGUCCGUCCAUUAGUCAAGUCAGGGCGUAUAGUGGGAGGCAAGAACGCCAGGUUCGGAGAGUGGCCCUGGCAAGUCUUGGUCAGGGAGUCGACGUGGCUUGGCCUGUUCACCAAGAACAAGUGCGGUGGUGUCCUCAUCACUAACAGAUACGUCACUACUGCUGCCCAUUGUCAACCUGGAUUCCUAGCAUCACUAGUAGCAGUAUUCGGAGAGAAUGACAUAUCCAGUGACGUGGAACCUCGACGGCCUGUAUCCAAGAACGUGAGAAGAGUGAUCGUGCAUAGACAGUAUGAUGCUGCCACCUUCGAGAACGAUUUAGCGUUGCUUGAACUGGAUACGCCUGUACAAUUUGAUGCGCAUAUUGUGCCCAUCUGCAUGCCGCCCGAUGAAGCUGACUUUACAGGCCGAUUCGCCACAGUGACUGGAUGGGGCCGUUUGAAAUAUGGAGGAGGAGUACCAUCUGUACUUCAAGAGGUUCAAGUACCAGUGAUAGAAAACAGCGCUUGCCAGGAGAUGUUCCACACUGCAGGCCACGCGAAGAAGAUCCUCAAUUCCUUCAUCUGCGCUGGCUACGCGAACGGGCAGAAGGAUUCGUGUGAAGGCGACAGUGGAGGACCUCUAGUUCUGCAACGUGAUGACGGCAAAUGGCAGCUGGUUGGUACUGUAUCACAUGGUAUCAAAUGCGCAGCACCUUACUUACCAGGCGUGUACAUGAGGACCACGUUCUACAAACCUUGGCUGAAAUCUAUCACUGGUGUUCACUGAGUUUCAUUUAGUUUCAUGAAGAUUCAUCGAGUUUCACAAGAUUCUUGUGAUAUAGAAAUUUUCUAAUAUCUACCUGCAACUUUUUGUGAAUGACGUUGAACGAAAUGUUAUCAUGAAAUUCUUGGUGAUAAUAAAUACCUACAUAGAUAAUUCAAUCAAAUCGUUUAUGGUUCUUAUAAUGGUAGAGAAUAUCAUACGAUAUUGCAUAAAUU